CUCACGCGUUUCGUUCCCCUCGCUCGCUCACCCCGGCCGCCCGCCCACUCGGCUCGGGUCGGCAGCGGCAGAGCGAACCGGCAAAACCUCCUCCCGCUCCCCGCCAUAACUGCGGCUGCGAUCCCCUCUGCUUCCUCACCGGCAAUUAAUGCCGCCAACUACCAGAUCCACACCUCCGGAAACCUAAGCCGCCCCCAAACCAAAUACCGCUCUUCCCGUUUUGCCCCUCUCCGGCUCUUCCCCCCACCACCCGCGCCCCCGCACGCCAUGCCAUUCCGCCCCACGGUCUCGCCGCCGCCGCCGCUGCUGCCGCCGACGAGGGUACCGUCGUCGUCGUCGUCGUCAUGGCGUCCUUCCUCGACUCGCUCUCCUCGGUCGGCGUCGGGUACGCCGUCGCCGUCGCGCUCGGCUUCCUCGUCCUCCUCGCGUCGCUGCUCCUCACCUCCUACUUCUGCUUCCGCCGCGGCGUGCCCGGCGGCGGCGGGGUCCACUCCGCGCGCCACGCCGUGUCCUCCGCGUCCAGCUCCGGGCACAUCUCCAUCACCGUCCCGCGCGUCAUCUUCGUUGCGGACGACACCGACUCCCCGGGCUCCUCGUCCCGCGGCGCGGGGGGCGGGGUGGCGUCGUCGCCCGUCGGGCUCGACCCCGCAGUGAUCGCCUCGUAUCCGAAGGUGCCCUUCUCUAGGGCCGCGGCGGGGGCGGACGCCGAGGCCGCGUGCUCGAUCUGCCUCUGCGAGUACAAGGAGGGGGAGAUGCAGCGCAUGAUGCCCGAGUGCAGGCACAGGUUCCACCUCAUGUGCCUGGACGCGUGGCUGCGGCGGAGCGCGUCGUGUCCGGUCUGCCGGUCUUCGCCCAUUCCCACUCCCGUCGCCACUCCGCUCGCCACCCCGCUGUCGGAGCUCGUCCCGCUAUCGCAGUACGCCGCUGACCGCCGGCGCCACAGGUGACGGGUUUUGGUGCAUCAUGUCUUCUCUUCUAUAUUCGUUUUUGGCACCAUUAGCUGCUGUUGUCAAGGAUAGGAUGGUGCAUCCAUUGUUUCAUUGCUCAGAGGAGGUUGGGUUGAUCCAUAGGAGUACUGAUUAGGACAGCCUGGACUUGGAAGUUUUGCGUGGUAACAGUAGUUCGUUGCACUGAAGCAGACAGGCAGUGUAUAGACAUUGUUUUUCCAUCCGGUUAUAGUAACUUUUAC